AUGAGGCUGGGAUGCAUCUGGGCUCUGCUCUCUCUCCUGACAGGGCACGGCUGGGCAGACACCCGCGCUAUAGGAGCCGAGGAGUGUCGCCCCAACUCGCAGCCCUGGCAGGUGGGCCUCUUUUACCGCACCCACCUCUUCUGCGGGGCCACCCUCAUCCACGACCGCUGGCUGCUCACCGCUGCCCACUGCCGCAAGCCGUACCUGUGGGUCCGGCUCGGGGAGCACCACCUCUGGCGGUGGGAGGGCCCGGAGCAGCUGUUCCGGGUCACCGACUUCUUCCCCCACCCGGGCUUCAACGCCGACCUCAGCGCCAACGACCACAAUGAUGACAUCAUGCUGAUCCGUCUGCCCAGGCGGGCUCGCCUGGGGGCCGCCGUGCAGCCCCUCGGCCUCAGCCAGACCUGCGUCUCCCCCGGCACUCAGUGCCUCAUCUCCGGCUGGGGGGCCGUGUCCAGCCCCAAGGUGCGGUACCCCGUGGUCUUGCAGUGCGCCAACAUCAGCAUCUUGGAGACCAGACUCUGCCACUGGGCUUACCCAGGCCACAUCUCGGACAGCAUGAUCUGUGCGGGCCUGUGGGAGGGGGGUCGCGGCUCCUGCCAGGGUGACUCCGGAGGACCCCUGGUUUGCAACGGGACCCUGGCGGGGGUGGUGUCUGGGGGCGCAGAGCCCUGCUCCAGACCCCGGCGCCCCGCCGUCUACACCAGCGUGUGCCACUACGAAGCCUGGAUCCGCAAAACCAUGGAGGACAACUGA